UUGAGUGGAGCACAUACAAUGACUUCAGCUCAAUCGCAGGAGAGAGCAUUCUGGAAGGCAUAAAGACGCUGACCUACACGGUGACUGGACUGGUGACCGGCCUGUCAUAUUACGUCCGGGUGUCUGCGUACAACAUGAAAGGCUGGGGUCCCCCGCAGAGCUCCACGCCGCCAUCCGCUGCUCCUUCCUACUGGGGCGACAUUGAUAAGAAGGAAGUGAGGCGACGUGGGAGGCUGGAGAUCCUGGAGCAGCUGCUGAGUCAGGUGAAGUCUCUUCACCAGCACUGCCCAUGUCACGAAAACGUGAAGGUCCAAGUCCCAGGACGGAAACACUCGAUGUCCAAGAGUCUCAAGCACUUGUUUCAGCCCACGAGUAAAUUUGUUAAAAGUCUUAAAAGGGGCUUGUAUCUGGCUGCCAUAUUGUAUAAAGAUGAUGAUGUUGUUGUCACGCACGAGGAGCAGGUUCCCGUGGUCAAGGCAGAUGAUUCAUACUCCAGCUCUCUGAUGCAAGACUUCCUCUGGUUCAUGAAGGUAUCAUACAUGUGGGAAGACAGUCGUUGGCUUGCUCAGUGCAUGACUCCCUCCUCUUUGUCCUGCUCAUCUGGACUGCAGGCUCGUCACAACAUGCUUGUAGCUGUCACUCAGUUGCAGGGGCUGCUUGGAACCCAGGAACUUGGCCAGCUGUACUUCGAGCCUAUCAAGGACAGACAGGGGAACGUUCUCAUUGUGACCAUGAGGGAACUGAGCUCCCAGCAGAGCCUGGAGAACGUCAGGUGGAUUCCGCUGGCUAAGAUUCAGAACCAGCGCAAGUCACUGUCUGCGGCAGAUGAGCCUACGGCGCUGGACAUACUGCUGUCGACUCUACACGAGAAAGUGGCAUUUCACAGACAGAGCCAUGAAGUUCUCGCUCCUGGACUUUACCUCGGCUAUCUCAAGCUCUGCAGUUCAGUUGACCAGAUUCGGGUUCUCGUCUCCCAGAAACUGCCCAACAUCCUGUGUCACGUGAAGAUCAGGAACAACCACAAUGUCUCCAGGGAUGAGUGGGAAUGGCUGCAGAUGUUCAGGAGCUUGGAUGAGGCCAGCCCCAUGGAUCCAUGUGAGGAGAGUCCACAGACACGGUUCCAGGAGGAGCUGAGGGCAGCAGUUCCAGAGUUGGUGAAACGCUUUGCCAUCCCUUUGCAACAGGUGAAGGAGUUGCGACUCUACAGUCAGGAGGUCUUGGAGUUUGCUGGAGAUUUAUCCUUCCUCCUGCUUCUGCCACCCUCUGAUGACGUGUGUACAGCCCCCGGACAGAACAGCCCCUGCCCCCGGCCUGGGCUCCUCACCCUGCCCCUGCAGACCUUUGAACUGGUUCACUUCUUCACCUAUGACAGGGCAUUCAUCAGGCAGUACUGCCAAGUGUCAGCUCUUCUGGAAUUGGACCUACUCCUGUCCCAGCAGGCACUGCGCGAGGCUUUCUCUGAUUCGGAGGUGGUGGCAGCUAAACAGAGGCUUCAGCAAGUCCAGGAUUUAAUCCAGAAAAUGGAGGAGGUGUGGCGGGAGGUGCGCUGGAUAAUGGACGUGUUACAGUAUGCCAGAUACAAGCAGCCACCAGGGGGAAUUCCUCUCUGCUGGCUGCUCAACUUUACCGGAGAGCGAGGAAAGGAGCAGCCGCAAAUUACACCAGCCAGCCCUGACUACCUGCCAUCGCCCAGUCCCUCUCCAGAGACCAAGCACCGGUAUCUCAGCCCUGCAGGAGGUUCACCCACCACAGCUGAUGAAGAAGGUUCAUCGGAGGUAUUUUUGACCAUGUCCGGUGAUAGUGAUUCCAGAGCUCAGAGCCACAAAGAGCUGGAUCUCAUCCCAUCCUCCACGGCCAACAACAGCAGGAGACUCAGCCUCACCCUGGCAGAAGGCGCUCCUGACGUCCUGAGGGCACAUGGGCCCCAGUCUCAGAAAGAUACCAGGCACCUGCUCUUCCAUGACAGUGACUUUGUCCCCCCAAGCAGGCAGAUCGAGCUCUUGCAUAUUACAGAGAAAAGGCAAGCCUAUUGUGUCCGAACCAGCAGCCUUGAUGUCCCUGCUCAGCCCUUUCACACUCAGAGAAACUGUUGGUCUCGAGCUGAGUCUCUGCAUGAAUCUCCAAUGGAACACAAUUCCGGUGGCUCAGGGACAAAAGGAUAUCUGCUCAAUCAGGUCCACCCUGAGCGUACUCCCGAAUCAAAGGGUCCCACAGAGUGGAUUGCCCUGACACAGAGUUCUCUGGAGAAGGAGGUACCACCUAAGGAGAGCCAACAGCUGAACUCCAUGAGUUUAAGUGUUUAUCCCCAGUACCAAACAGGAUUGGCCAAGGAGAUGAGUGUCAAGCUGUGCAUCAGUAGCAGAACAUCUGCACGGGAGAUUGUGACAUUGGUUAUAAGAGAAACCAACGAGGCAGUGAGGAGGAUGAGAGGAAGGCCAGGGAUCCUGUACCGAGAAGACCAACUAGAACACUUUGGCCUGGUCUUGUUGAUGGACAACACAGAGAAGUGGAUACAGGACGAUGUUUCACCCCUCUCACUGCAGAACCCCUGGACCAAAGGCCGGCUAUGUGUCCGCAUGAGAGAGUGUUCCCCAUUGCUCCCUGCGCAUGGGACAGCAACAGCUGUGUGAGAUGUGGAGGGCCAUGCCCAUGACUGUGGACCCCAUCUGUUCUCGGCCCAGCCAAAGCCCAGUCAGCACUUAGGGAGAGCAGUAUUUAUCUCACCUGCACAAUCGACUGUUCCACUGGACUGAUGCAUACUCUGUGGUGUAGUAUUCAUGAUUCAUACAAAGGCAGCGGUUUCUUUGGAAUGUGCAACAUGUAUGAUGUGUUCUUGUACGAGAUGGGAAUUAGUGAGUCUGACAGCUCUCAGUGUCUACGCUGGAUUUCACGACCGGUCCUCACAUUCCACUAGUGGCUUCAGCAAUACAGUGAGAUAGUCUCAAGAGGCCCCUCACAAUGAUAAGGGUGCCAGAUGUUUGCUAGUUGUUAGCUCAUGAACGAAUGAGCCCCAGGGUGUGGUGCAGAGGCAGGUUGAGCGAGAGCUUUCUGGUUUAUGCCAUCUGCUCCUCUCCCACAUAAAUCAGCAAUGCAGUUCCCCUCUCCUUCUCUCUGUGAGCCAUUCCCCAUUCUGGUUCUUCUCUUCACUUGCCCAUCUCUUCUCUCAUGUUCCUCUCCUCCUUCCCUUUCUCCCAUCAUCCACUCUAGUCUCCUAUCAGAUUCCUCUUCUUCAGCCCUUCACCUCAUCCACCUAUCAGCCCGCCCUCCCUCCCCUAGCCACCUACCUCCUCACCUGCUCUUACCUGUCACCUGUCACCUGUCAGCUUGUACUCCUUCCUCUGUCCCACCUUCUUCCCCUUUCCUUUCAAGUCCUGACGAAGGGUCCUGGCCCGAAAUGUCAACUGUUCAUUCCCCUCCAUAGGUGCUGCCUGACUUGCUUAGUUUUGUGUGUGUUACUUUGUAUUUCUAGCAUCUGCAGGACCUCUUGUGCUUAUGUGUUAGUGAAGGUUUAGUUGAUGGAUCUGACCCCAAGACUCCCUGCUUUAAUUCACCAUUGUACCUCAGUGACAUCUCCUGCCUGGGCCAGUAACAUUCCCUUCAAUUCAGGAAUAUGUUGUCGAAGGUUGUUUGUGAUACUUUGCUCCCAUUUCCCUGAAAUGUGACAAUGGUGUUGCGUUGUUGUGGUCUGAAUGUCUGAGGUUGUAUUGUCUGUACAUCGUCACAUAUCUCUUAGAAAGCUGUCUGACGGGAAUGAAACAGGAAUCCAGAGCAAAAUUUCUGGCAUUAACAAAACUGCUGUCUUCUCAUUCAGCAAGUAGGAGCAUCCGCAGCUGAACGACGAAGAAGUCAGGUUCCCUCAUCUUUUGUAUUGGCCCCUGGCCCCUGCAGGAGCCAUGCACGGAUCCACUGGGACAUGUCCUCCCCCCGUAAGCCAGCACUGUGGGGUCAGGAGAGCAGUGGUGCAUGUCGAGAUUCGAUGUGACUUCAGUCAUCCACACGGUGACGUGGUAAUGGGCAAUCUUCCCAGACUGGACAACUUCAAUACCCUGAGGGGGAGGGAAAAGGCCAGCAGUUACAACUGCUCACCCCCACCACAGACAGUUUCCCACUCAUACUCAUUGCCUGCACCCACGUGUCAGAGACUACUGAGGAUAGCACACACACGUGUCAGAGACACCGCAGGAUAACACACACACAUG